UUGAUGGAGACGGGAAGAUGUGAGGGGCAUACCUGCACAACAACAUACUGGGGUGACGCAAUCACGACAGCGACAUGCUUACAGGACAGGUGACCCAUGAAAGCCACCAACACCAGAGCGUAUGUAUGAGCUUUGCAUGGGUGCUCGUGGAGCACGGGACACCUUUCCGUAUAAGAAGAAGAAGUCGAACUUACAUGACGGGGCCACAGAAAACAUCACGAUUCCAAACAGGUGACCAUGGAGCGCAUUGUCGGGGAGAUUGCCUUCCAGCUGGACCGCAGGAUCCUCUCCACCAUCUUUCCUGACCGGGUCCGUCUCUAUGGUUUCAACGUCAGCGAUAUCCCAGAGAAAAUCCAGCAGAGAGGAAGUGACACCCAGUCCGGACUGACCGAAGAGCAGCGCACGAGCCUCACGGAGCGGCACCAGAGAAUCAUGGACCGGCUGCACUCCCUGGGCUACGACCCAAAUGUCCACCCCAGAUUCACGGAAAACAUAGUGAACACUUACGGUAUCCUCCGGGUGCGGCCAGAUACGACUGGCGCCGAGGGAGACGUCUACAACGACAUCAACUUCAUGCGCAAUGUUGUCGAGAACGUCGUUCCUGCGGAUCAGCAAGCCGACUGCAUGCUGCUCCUCAAUUGCCUCCAUCUCCUGUCUCAGGAGGAUGGGAAGCCGCUGUUCAUCUGGUGACCCCACAAACACCCACCGUGUGCGCGUGUCCCACUGCGAGGGCAAUAAACCACCCAACAUUG